GAUUCUUGCCAGUUGUUUUCUGUUGAAUCCGACAUAUUGUUUUCCUAUGUGCCUCUCUUUUCUUCAAACAAAAUUAUUGGAGGUGUAUGUGUACUUCAAAUUAUUUCACUUAAAAAUUCAAAUUUAUAUACACAUCCAAAACCAAGCACAAGUAAGUCAUUCAAUAUUAUAUGGAUUUCUCUAGGGGUUCUGAUGAGAAGAAACCAUUUUCAGAUGUCACGAUUUCCCAACAAGAGAUUGAUUCAACACUAGAAAAGACCUUCAGAGGUGUUAGAAAAAGGCCUUGGGGGAAAUAUGCAGCUGAAAUAAGGGAUUCGACCAGGAAUGGGGCGAGGGUUUGGCUUGGAACUUUCGAUACUGCUGAAGAAGCUGCUUUAGCUUAUGACCAAGCUGCACUCUCAAUGCGCGGCCCUUCAACUUGUCUGAACUUUCCAGUGGAUAGAGUUCGCGAAUCGCUAGAAGCAAUGAGCUGCGGUAACUCAGCUAGUGAUGACAAGGAGAUUAUUGGCACAUCAGUAGCAGCCUUAAAGGAGAGACACAAGAAAAGAAAUAGUAAAAAGAAGCAAGAAAAGAAGAGAAACAAUGUGUUGGUUCUUGAGGACUUGGGACCUGAUCUGCUUGAUGAGCUCUUAAAUGAGGAUUAGUUCAAGCUCUGGGUAAAUAAAAUCUUUAUCAUCUUCUUUCUUGUUUGUGAAUUGUGCAUACAAGAUUGGUCUAAAGUCCAUCCCUAGAGAGUAUGCGCCCAGCUUUUCCUCUCUUUAUUCACACCCACCUUUUGUAUGGACGGGUCAGUAUCAAUAUCUUAUCUUUUUAAAGAUAGGAGAAUUUAUUGUGUACUUACAAGAAUGCUACUUAGGGAGAAGCUGAAUCUAUUAUUUUUGUAUCCGACG